CCGUUCUCCCUCACGCCUUGUUAUAGACGCCACAAUAUUACCACUCAAAUAGAAUCCCAACCCAUUUAAUACACUUCAAUGUAUAUUGUAAAAAAAUCUAACACUGUUUUUGAGUUAAAUAUUACAGUCAGUCUUGCAGGAGUCUCGAGUCUGUAUCCGCUGUGAUGAAAACAUUGGACGUCUGUGUGGGGAGAUCAGCUCGCAACACACGGAGCAUCCUCGGCCACCACUCCCAGCUGCUGCCUUUCCCUAACCCCACCCAAUGAAGUGCCAACCACCAGAUCACUUGAAAAGUUAGACUGCAAACAUAAGACAAUGAAGCCAAAUUUUCGAUGGAAGAAAACAGAGUCUAGUAGAAAAGGGACCGUGGCUUCAAAUACAGAGGCAGUUUUCCACAAUGAAAGGAUUCUUCCAUAUGAUAGAAAAGAGGUCAUCAGAGACGAAGAUAAAGGAGUUACUGGUGGUGAUUUCCCGUAUCAUUUAGAUAUGCAAGUGAUCAAAAACCCUGAAGUGGAGGGAAGAAAGCCCAAGUGUUAUUGUAAUUCACAAGUGAUAAAAACCAGAACUAGACAAUUAAACAGUGGGUAUAAUCUGAAAAAUAUAUUUUACUGGAGGCCAGAUUGGAGAGGAAGUUUUGUGUUUGUGUUGAUUGUGGUGUGUUUAUUGAGCAGAACAACACAAGGAGCACUGAACAGUGACAGUGAUGCCACAUAUGGUGAUGAUAAUGUAAUGUUUAAUGCUAGAAGACUGAGUAGCUUGACAACACCAGAUCCUGUAAAUAUUUUACAAGAAGAGCACAAUGAUCCCAAUGGUGGUGGAUCAAAAUCUACAAAAAUGCCAUGUGGAAAAGAGAAAGGAGUACAUGUGAAGAUCCAGUAUUCUUCCAGUAUUGUGGAAAAUGAAUACAUAGUGGCCUUUAAGGGAUACUACAGACAAGAGGCUCGUGAACGUUUCAUAGAGGCAGCCUUGAAUGAGUCCAAUGUGGUGCGGUGGGAAGUGGUGCCCCGCAACAAUCCUGCCAGUGACUACCCAAGUGACUUUGAUGUGGUUCAGAUUCAAGAACAUCACAAAAAUGUGGGCCUAGAUGCACUGAAGGACCAUCCUGCAGUGAAAAGAGUAACUUCCCAGCGCAUGGUGAUUCGCCACCUACACUUUGUCAAUGACACUGAAGAUACAGAUCUGGACCAGUGGGAAGAGAAUAUAUUUGCUAAUGUUUCUGAAACUGAAGGUUAUCCUGGUAUGAUUUUCAAUGUAACUGAUUCAGACAGAAUUACCUUAGGCGAUGAAACUUCCUUAAACUCUGAGGAGGAGUUAACUGACACACAGGAGGUGCAUGGUGAUGACAUGGAAUAUGACCAUAUCUUUUCUGAGGCUACUGCAGACAAAACAGGCACCAAAGGCACAGGUGAUGGUGAGCCUUGCAGUGGAGAUAAAUGUAAGGAAGGGGAGACAGAGGAUGGCACCUGGCCGGCCUCUAGACCACUGCGGCGAUCUUCACUAACACUCGGCACAGCAUUUUGGCAGACCACCGGCAGACACUCCAGCCGCCGUCUUUUACGUGCCAUCCCUAGGCAGAUAACAACCACUCUGCAGGCAGAUGUACUGUGGAGCAUGGGCAUUACAGGUACUGGAGUUAAAGUGGCUGUGUUUGACACUGGCCUCUCUAAAUCCCAUCCCCAUUUCAAGCGCAUCAAAGAACGAACAAACUGGACAAAUGAAAAAACUCUUGAUGAUGGCCUAGGACAUGGCACCUUUGUGGCUGGAGUAAUAGCCUCCAGUGGGAAGACCUGCUUAGGAUUUGCUCCUGAUGCUGAACUGCAUAUUUACAGAGUAUUCACCAAUAACCAGGUGUCCUACACAUCCUGGUUCCUAGAUGCUUUCAACUAUGCAAUUCUAAAGAAGGUGGAUGUGUUGAACCUAAGUAUUGGAGGACCUGAUUUUAUGGAUCAUCCCUUUGUUGACAAAGUAUGGGAACUGACAGCAAACAGAGUCAUCAUGGUGUCUGCCAUUGGCAAUGAUGGGCCACUCUAUGGAACUUUGAACAAUCCAGCAGACCAGAUGGAUGUUAUUGGUGUAGGCGGCAUAAAUUUUGAAGAUCAGAUUGCCCGCUUUUCCUCUAGAGGCAUGACAACUUGGGAAUUGCCUCAGGGAUAUGGCCGUGUCAAACCUGACAUUGUGACAUAUGGGUCCCUGGUGCAGGGAUCAAGUAUGGAGGGCAAGUGUCGACAACUCUCAGGCACUUCAGUCGCCUCUCCAGUUGUUGCUGGAGCUGUCACUCUUUUGGCCAGUGGUGUUCUUCACCGAGGAGGCAUCAUCAACCCAGCCAGCAUGAAACAGGCCUUGAUGGCCUCAGCACGAAGACUGCCAGGAGUAAAUAUGUUUGAACAGGGUCAUGGCAAGCUGGACUUGGUAAAGGCAUACCAGGUGCUUUCAAAAUAUAAACCUCAAGCUUCCCUGAGUCCUAGUUACAUAGAUCUCACUGAGUGCCAGUACAUGUGGCCAUAUUGCACUCAACCUCUUUACUAUGGUGCCAUGCCUCUCAUUGUUAAUGUCACAAUCCUCAACGGCAUGGGUGUAUCUGGACGCAUAGUUGAAAAGCCUGUCUGGCACCCAUACACUCCUCAGUUUGGACAGCAUCUUGAAAUGGCAUUCACUUAUUCAGAGGUCUUGUGGCCAUGGUCAGGCCAUCUUGCUGUAUGGAUCACUGUGGCUGAGAGUGGUAAGGACUGGGAGGGUUAUGCACGAGGACAUAUCUCUAUUACUGUGGAAUCUCCCCCUGAAGAAGGUGAAACCCAACCAAGAAUUUCUCAUGUGAAGUUACCUGUCAAGGCCAAAAUGAUUCCUACACCACCGAGACACAAACGUGUGCUGUGGGAUCAGUUCCACAACCUGCGUUAUCCUCCAGGCUACUUCCCAAGGGACAACUUGCGCAUGAACAAUGACCCAUUGGACUGGAAUGCAGACCACAUACAUACAAACUUCAAGGACAUGUACCAGCAUUUACGGAACAGUGGAUAUUACAUUGAAGUACUGGGAUCUCCUUUCACUUGUUUUGAUGCUAGCAAGUAUGGAACUCUGAUGAUUGUUGACCCUGAAGAGGAGUAUUUUCCUGAAGAGGUGACAAAGUUACGACAAGAUGUCGAAAAAGGCUUGUCCAUCAUUGUGUUUGCUGACUGGUAUAAUGUCAAUGUUAUGAAGAAAGUGAAGUUCUAUGAUGAAAACACAAAGCAACUCUGGAUGCCAGUAACGGGGGGCAGUAACAUCCCUGCCCUUAACUACCUGCUUGGUUUCUGGGGUGUGGCCCUCAGUGAUGGAGUUUAUGAGGGAGACUUCACUCUGGGAGACAGGGACAUGUACUAUGCCACUGGAACUUCAUUGGCACAGUUCCCUCGGGAUGGUAUAGUGGUGCGUAAAACCCUGAACGAUCAUGCCAAGGAGAUGUUGGAGGCUGAGAAUGAGAGUGUUCAAGAUGUACCCAUCUUGGGGCUGCUGCAGACAGAAAGUAACAGUGUUGCUGACAAUGCUGACAAGAGUCAGAGUCUGGGACGCUUGGUGGUGUACGGAGACUCUAACUGCCUAGACAACAGUCACCUCCAGAAGGACUGCUUCUGGAUGCUGGAUGCCCUCCUGGAGUACACCACCACAGGCCACCUAGCUGGUGUUUUCAGCUCCAGUGCUGGGGCUCCAAUUCCACCAACAACAGACUUGCCCACCAAAAUGGAAAACAGUAAUUUACACAAACAUUCAAAGGUUGUAGAGCACACCCUGGGGAUGGAGCAGAUGCGGCCCCUGCCAGAGUGUCCCAUCUUGGUGCCUGUCAUACCACAGCCUCUAAAUGUUUCUAACAAAAACCUGAAUAUCCAUGUGGGCCUAAAGCUGCUCUCCCAACCUGAAAUUGUGGCAGCAGUCAAGGUAGCUCCUGUUGAUGUUCAGCCUCUGCCUCUGGAUGGCCAUGGAAGCAACCAGGGGGAUAUAGUUGCUGGCUCUUCAAAUACAGGUAGCAGUCUGAGCACCCUUGCCUAUCCCACUGAGAGGACCCCAGCAUUUGCCAUCCUGUCCAUAGUGAUGGUGGUGCUUAUGGUGUGUUACUGGUACCGCUCCAGACACAGACCCAAGAGGCGGCGCAGCAAACUCCGCAAGGUUUUCAUGGCUGCCAUCAAUGGUCGUCUUCCCUCUGUGUGAAUGGCCAUAACCCAGCUCAGGUUUGGAUCAUAAGAUAAUUUCAUGAAAAGAAUUAAUGUACAAAGUACGUUGAAUGUACUAAAGUUUAAUUAUUCAAUAAAUGAAAAAUGUCUUGUCCUGAUGUGUUGCUAAUAACACAUAUUUAAGGAGUUUAAAUCAAUUAUUGUCAUGGUAUUCCUUUUUUAGCCAUGCAAUAUAUUGCAAAGCACAUAUGAGAGACAAACAUAUAGUUGGUCACGAUAACAGAAAUCUUUUGCAUACACUGUGCAAAAUAAUGAUAAUAAAUGACAAUUUUAUUUUCUUAUUCUUGUAUUUAUUAUUAUUAUUGAUAUUAUUAUUAUUAUUAUCAUUCUUAAUAUUAAAAUGUAGAGGCCUGGUGGCAUGGGGUUUGUGUGCUCAACUCUCACUAGAGUGCAUCUGGAAUCAAAGCUAAGGGUGGGGAGAAACAGUAUGGGCUCUUCACCAUUCAUUCUGUAGUCCCUGUACAUUUAGCAGAUGAUGGGCACAAGACAUAAGUCAUGGAGCUUUGACCUUACAGGAGAAGUACAGAGCCAGGAAUCCUGGCCUGUCUAAGUACUGAAGGCCAAUAAUUUUGGCCCACUGUUUCUAUCUGUGGAUGCCUAUUAUCAGAGACUAGAAAUGAUCUAUGCCACAACAUGAAUGGUAAACAGGCCAGAGUAUAAAAAAGGAAAACACUAAUUUAUAAACACCAUUAUAAAAUCAUCAUGAAUGAAUUACCAUAAAAUUAUGAGACUAAAUUGGCUUGAUAUUUACUAUUUAAGGGAUGACAAGAAGGGCUUUAUGUAUGCCAUGGUUUGUAGAGUUAAAGGCAGUUAUUCAAAGACAUGGUUCUUGUACAUAGUAUAGGGUUGAUCAAAAGUUUUCUAUUCCUGGUAGUUACAGGCUGGAAAGCCCUCCGAGAAAUGAACAUUGAAGGCUCAUUUCUCGAUGGUGAAUAACCACAAGUAAAGAAAAUAAACAAACUAAGUACUUCAUUUAAAUAUGAAAUUGCCAUUAUAUUGUCAUCAAAAGUGUACAACUUAAAGGCAUUAUAUUUAUAAAUAGAUAUAAAUGGGAGACAUGAAGUAAAUAAUAGUUUACUGCCAGCAUCCUUUGGUUUUUAUACCUAAACGCUAUGGCAACUAAGAGAAAGUUCACAGGAUUAUUGCAAUAUGUGGCUUGUUUCCAGUGGGGAUAAUUUUCAUGAUGCUGUGACCUCUUCAUUGAUUAAAAUGUACAUAAUUUACAGAAUAGUUUACUAAUAACAUUCAGUGUAGAAUUUUACUGUCUUUCACAAUGAUAGCAAAUCUUAGAAAUGUUUUUUGCACACAAGUGGAAGUUGGAGAUUUAGAGAAGUGGAACAGAGCACUCAUAAUUUUUAUAGCAGAUAUUUUGUCACUAAAUAGGUUAGAUGUCUCAUUGUAUUUGUCUGCAUAAAUAGUCUGUCAAAUUAUUUAUGUAUUACAUAAGCUUUAGUUGAAACAUAUCGCAUUACAUGUUGCCCUGGACAUGUAACCAACUGUGGAGUGUGAUACAGAGUUUUAACUUUACUCCAUUUUAAGGUGACAGUGUUAAUCAUUGGUGUACUUAUGAAUUUAGUAAUUAUAAAUGUGAAAAGGUAUUGAAGUAUUCAACUAGGCAUUAACAAAUGUAGAAUUUUAUACUGUACGAAAUGAAAAGAUUGAAUGUAAUGUUACUGCCAGUGGAAAAGUUACAUUUUGAACAAAAUUGGAAUUGUUCAUCUCACAUGAACUCUUUCGUUAGCUCUGUUGCUGUGAAAUUUGGUCACUAAAUGUAGAGUUAAACUGAUGUCACUGUAAAGAAUUCAGUAACAUGAAAUAUCACAGGACUGACAAAAGUGUCCAUUUUAAAUUUGCUCCUAGACUGAAUGAAGGCUUGAGACCUACACAGUUCUUUGAUCACCAAAUCUGACAUAACUGGGAUAUGGCAUGUCUCCUCACUAGGUUGUACUUAUAGCCAUUUGGCAACAGUUCUGACUAGGGAGAACCUAAAGGAUACCAGAAAGGCUUAUGGGUGAAGCAACUGAUGAGUAAUCCUGCUGAGAGAUAUAAGGAAUAGGAAGUAUUUGCAUGGAGGCUUGUUUGUGAAAACCUCAACGAAUGAGUAUGAUCACUAAGUGGAGUACUAUGCCCCCACCAAGUGCAUAUUUUUUUAUUUACUUAUUUAUUUAUGUAUAAUUUUUACCUUUUUAUUGUAUUUCAAUUUGUUUUAUUUGGUGUUGCUAAUGUUAUUUGUUUAUCACUCCUGUGGCAAAGCACAGCUUAGUUUUGGCCUUAUCUGUCAAGUAGGCAUGCACAAAAAAACAUACAAAGACUAGGCCAAUAGACACACACAAACACUGACUUAACAAGAGAUGAGUGAAUAAGGAUUUGCAGAAGUACAGUUUUCCACAUGGCACAAUAGAUUAGCAGAGUACAUAGCCAGAGGAAGUGGUGUGUGCAAACAAUAUAUGAAUGCAAAUCUUAAGAAAACAGGAUAAUUUGGUUAUAAAAAUGGAAUAUUGCAAGCUUUGCUCAAUCCUGUAGAAAUACUAAUGUAAAUAUUGGAAUACAAAAGGGGGACUGUUGACCAAUAUUGUAUGGUCAUAACUUUUUGAUUGAUAUCUUUACCCAUUCUUCAAUGGGCAAAUUGGUGCAUCAAUGUGAAAGGAAGUCAACAAAAUAGUAAAAACCUAGCUUGGAAAUUGAACCAUAAACCUUUCAGUUCUGCUCCAGAUGUUGUAACCACUCUGGUAUCAGGUUGUUAUGUCGUGCUUUUUAUUCAUCAUUAAUACUAAUGAUGAAUGAAAGUAUUUCCUCCAUUAAACAAAUUGUCAUAUUGCAUGUACAUAGUCACGUCAAUACUUAUGAGUGGACUUUAGAUUUAAUCACUGCUCCACUAUAAUAGUGAGUGCAAAGUAUAGCAACAAUUUAAAAGGAUUACUGAAAAUGAUGAUAUUCAGGUUGUUAUGCAAUGUUUAAGAAAUUUUUACAAUAAGAGUGUGUGAGAAAAUCUUAUUUUUUUUAAAUAAUUUAAAGAAUAAAAUGGAAGUUCGAAGUCAAAUUCCAUUGUUAAGUGGAAUGUUUCUGAAUGUAUUGAGCUGAAUUCUUCCUAAUUUAUAAUGUGUAAAAAUAAUGUGACAUGAAAGAGGGUGACAAGCAAAGACUAGUGUUGUACUGUUAUUAUUGUUGUCUAAUAGACUGAUGUAAAGAAAUAUGGAAGAAAAGAGUGAGAUGAGGAAAUCAUAUAACUUCCAGAAACAUUUGUAAAAACUUUAUGCAUGUAGACUGUAGAGGUGAGAUAAAGUUAUUUAUGAGUCAGUUGUUGCACACUUCUUUAACUGUAACAGAUAUUCACAUCUAUGUCUAUCCAUAUCUGUCUGUUUGAAAGUCAUCUGUUAUGUCUUUCCUAGCUGCCAGAUCUCACUCUCAUUGCAUUGGCAAAUGGGACCAAGACAUGACAAUGUGGUUGCCAUUUGAAGUUGUAAUAAAUGCUUCAAAGGUCCAGAAAUAUAAAUUAUGCUUAUCUUUACAACCACCAUGUACACAAAUACAUUAUUUACUUAGGGUCAGAAUUUUCUCAGUUACCUAAUAAUUUUUAAUGUAACAUAAUUGUUGCAUUUUUUCAUGUGCUUUUCAAUGGGUCCACAUUUACUUGCUCCAGUCCAGCCCUCCAUUUGACAUGAUGGCACAGUUAUGUAUGAGGGGCAUAUGUACAAUAGAAUGUAUAUCAAUAAGAUAAAUACUUCAAACGUAUUUAAUCUACAGUUAGAUACAAACCUAUUUCUUACCCCCACUAUUUCAAAUGCAGCUGAACACUUCUUCCCACACAGAAGUGGCUCACCCACUGAUCCUGUACAGUUACACAUCUCUGUUACUUUCCAUCAAACUUACUGUUCUGUAUUGGAACCCAGAUUAGCUAUAACACAUAAUGAACUUUGGUUUUGAUUUUAAAGGAUACUGGAUGGAUUAAAGGGUGAUGUUCAGGCUGUCCAGUAAAAUAUCAGGUGGCAGCACUAGCAAAAAUAAUCCUCAAAUUAUUUGAUGAUGUUUUACAUUGAAUUUGCUUUAUCAAGCAUGAAAUUAGUUCAGGUUAAUUAGAAAACAAAAGACUGCCUUAAAAAAAAAAUGUAAUUUAGCCAUUGACCACAGUAUACUGGUUUUAUGAAACCCAGUAUAACAGUUUCAUUAUGAAGUGUUGAGGAACUUUGCUUAAGUAUGGAUAUCUUAUCAAGCUCAUAUGGAGAGGAAGAAAAAUUUGUGUAACCAGUUGCAAGCCAUGUAUGAUACUAAAACAGAAUGAGUUUUCUGAUCUUCUAUAACUAACCACAGAAUUAAAUAACAACUAGAAAAAAGGGUGUCAAGGAAGGAAGCACUAGUAUGUAAAAUUUAAGAAAAUCAAGAUUUAUUAUAUAUAUAAAAAGUAUAAAGUGAUGCAGGUGAAAGACUGUAUCGCUGGUAACUAUCUGAAUGCUUGAAUUUACAUAUACGAGUACACAGUUACUCAAAAAUAUAAAAAUCCUUACGGAAAUACAGUGUAAACUAAUCAAUGCAGUACAGCUGAGCAGCUUACAUUAUACAAUUUAAAAACUUUUCCACUAAUGCCCCUGAUUACCAUUUUUAACUUGUACUAAAAAGAUAUAUAUAUAUAUAUAUAUAUAUAUAUAUAUAUAUAUAUAUAUAUAUAUAUAUAUAUAUAUAUAUAUAUAUAUAUAUAUAUAUAUAUAUAUAUAUAUAUUACCAUUUUCAAGCCAUAUGAUCACCUAAUGAAUCUGUCUUUUUGUGUGUAGCAUGACAACUCUCUUGACCUUUGGCAACACAGCACCACUGAUUCCUUGUUCCGACAGUGUUGCAACAUGCUCUCCUUCCCGAUUCCCUGGUAUUGCAAACCAGUUAUGCCUAAUAUACACUAAUGUACACACACACACACACACACACACACACACACACACACACACACACACACACACACACACACACACACACACACACACACACACACACACACACACACACACACACCACUUCAUUUUUAUACUAAAUGAAUAAGAAACUGGGCAAGGGCAACAAAAAGAUUUUCAUGGGUAAAACAUAUACUGUCUUCAGUUGUUUAAAAUGAUAAUUGUAGUAGUAAAAAAAAAAAAGGAUUGGAUAAAUGUAUUUACCAAGGUGUCUUGAUGCUCCUCUCUUGGAGUUCAAAUUGAAGAAGUAUGAAAAAAAAAACUUGCCCUGCAGAGGGAUGAUUUUUGUAUCCCUAAGAUGAACAGAACACUGACCAGAGCAAGUAAACACUUUAGGAGUGCAGGAUGGUCUCACAAAGGAAAAGAAGAGGAAAUAGUAAAAUCAAGAGAAAGUAAUUUAUUCAGAUUUUCUAUUAGUUACAUUUGAAUUUUUAUUAGAUUUUGUCUCCUGUAUCUUUUUAUUGCAUAUUAUUGUUCAGUAAACUUAUCCUACAAUCUUUAUGAUAGAGUAAGUUCCACUUUUCUUAGUUACUGUAAGUGCCUGGACAAUUUGAUCAUAGGCUGCAAGUAAUUAAGUGUUAUUUUGACUACACAGAUAUUCCUUCAAUACUUUAGGUGGCAAUAAUUUGUGAUCAUGGUCAGUCUUACAAUUGUAUAGACACAUGCUAUACAGUACUAAUGUUUUGUUUAAUUUUUUGACCAAAGAAUUUAGUGUGUGUGUGUGUGUGUGUGUGUGUGUGUGUAUUAUGUUUUGUAGAAGUAGUUGUUAUAAUGUCAUGUGCAUUUUGUAACUUUUCAUUAUUUAUCACAUGUAGUAUUGUUGUAUUGGUAAAUUAUUUUUCUUGUGUAUUGUACUUGGUUUUAUGUGAUAGAAUCUAAUUAUCUCCAUUCAUGCACAAUACUUUCCUUGAAAGAGAGAGAGAGAGAGAGAGAGAGAGAGAGAGAGAGAGAGAGAGAGAGAGAGAGA